AACAAGGAGGGUUAGUUAUAAAUAUCUUUGGUAAGAUCUCGUCCCCUUCUCACAACACAUUGGAGGAGAAAGCCAGAGGUCCCGCCCCUCUGACAUUCUUCUCCAUUGGGUUUUGAGAAGGAGACGAAGAGAGGAGAGAGGACGCAACGAUAUAUAAGAUUUGAAAAUCUCCCUUUGUCUCAUACACGUGAAGAACAAGAAACGACGAAUCAUCGAAUCUAAAUCGUGAGAUUUGUAAUCACAUUUUCGGGCGGGAUGAUUGAAAGUUUGUUUUCGUGGACCAGUGACCACUUUUGAAAAUCGCAUAGUAUGUUUUAUGGCUACUUUUAUGAUACGAUCAUUAAAACAUUUGAGCAAUAAUAUAAUUUUGACCAUCGCUAAAGAAAAGAAAACUGAUAUGGAGCGACCAUCGAGGAAGACAAAGCUUGYAAAUUAUUCAGAUUUCCAGGACUUGGCUGAUGAUGAUGAUUUUGCCUCUGUGAAAGCACCACCCAGCAAAAAAGCCAAGGAGAGUGUGAAAGAGCCAGCGCAGGAGAAGAGCAAGAAACYUUCAAACAAGGCCUCCAGUCAAGAGACUAACUCACAGCCCAUAGGCCACAAGGACAGGAAACCAUUGGAUGAGAAGCUGUAUGACAGAGAUUUGGAAGCAGCUCUUACUCUGUCGUUGCUUAAAACCACAGAGAAUCAACCACAAAGAGAUGGUGAAAAUCUGGAUCCAUCAUUAGGCCUUUCCAACUGCAGUGUGGACAUCAACCUUUUGGGCCUUGACCAGAUCACGAAUGAUCGGGGAUCCCCUUGCGCCCACUCCAGACAGAGGAAGGCAGCCUCCAAGGCUACAGAGCAGCAAAGGAGCAUGCUGAAGGAUGGCGAUGAGGACUACAAUCCCAAAGGGACAUCAGAUUCAGAGAGUGAUGCUGAUUUCAGUGAUCCAGCUGAAAGUGAUGAUGAUGAGUUCACAGUAAAGAAACCAGAGAAAAAGAACACAGAAGAGAAGACAGCCAAGAAGGAGCAACCAAAAGCUAAACCAAAGGAAGAAAAGCAGCCUUCAAAAACAAAACCACAUUUGACAGGGACUUCCAGUCUAAAAACUCCCACCUUAGGUAGAAGUCCAACUGCCAAGCCAGCCUCUGUGCCCAAGAGGUCUCCUGGCACUUCUCCUGUCUCCAGAYCUGCAGUCUCUGGCAGUCCAGCGGGGGGCAGAAUACCCAAGUGGAAUCCUCCAGGUCACGUUGGAAGAAGUCCCUGCUCAUCACAGAGUGCCCCAGUGAAGUCUCCAGGGCAGGGUCUAAGACUUGGACUGUCUCGCCUGGUGCGGGAUGCAUGGUGCUGCAGUGUUGCUAGUCACUGACCCCACCUAUCUAUUAGAGAGGAGCUCUGUGCCUCUCUGCGUAAUUGACAGUUGACUUUCACGAUUUCUUUUGUAAUCCUCUAGAUCUGUCUAUUUUAUAAGAGGCAUUAGAAUUGUACUGUUAAUUAUUAUUAGUCUGGGGUCGUACAUGCUCUCCUUUUUAUAACAGCUCAUCUUUUGGACCAUUUGACUUAACAAAGGUCAGUUCCCAACUUUUACUGUUAUUCGGCCUACAGCAAAGCCUUCAGAUUUCAAACCCUUUGUGUCUUUUAUUAUUUCAGAGAGUAUUUUUGUCUUCUGUCUGUUUUUAGUUUUCACUCCAACAUGUAAAUGAAAUGGUGCAAUGKCGCACUCUGCUGGAUGUAAUUAUCUGAAAAUGCUAAAUUAUCAUGGUUAAAGUGGCAAUCRGUUGAAUCAAUAACAAAGCGGAGACCCGCCCCUGUUUUGGUAAAAAGCUGAGGGAUGAGGCUGGAGAAAUGUAACCACUCUGAAAUUCAUAGUCAAAGCUGUGGAUGCCAAGGACUGACCACYCGUGAUAUCAAAACUWUAGUUUUAACCAUGUUUUGAGGCUAUAUACCCAAUGGGCAAAAACUGGUUGAAUCAACUUUGUUUCCACGCCAUUUCAACCCAAAAAAUAUAUGUGAUGAAGUUGAAUCAACGUGAAAAACUGAUUGGAUUUACUAAAAGUCACGGUAAGGGCAUUACAUAUUUUUUUUAAUCCACUUUUAACCUAAAACGACAUGACAUUUGUUGUUAAUUUCAUGUUAAAUUCGCGUUAGUUGACAACUAAACCAAAUGUAAAUAAAAACGAGAAGUUGAACU